CCGGCUCCACAAAAAGCCGCAAAAAAAACUUCAUCAAGUGAUGAUAGCUCUGACGAAGAACCAAAAGUUAAAACACCAGGCAAACCAGCUAAUGUUAAGGUACCACAGAAGCAAAAGCAAGAAUCAAGUGAAGAAGAUAGUAGCGAGGAAGAUUCAAAGCCUGUCCCCAAAACUCCUUUGAUCAAAGCAGCUGCUAAGAAAGCUGAAUCGGAGGAUAGUUCAGAAGAUAGUGACAGCGAUGAAGAGGCCAAACCGGCAAAAAAAGUUGCGCCUGCAGUAGUAAAGAAAACCCAACCACAAGCGAAGAAAGAUGAUUCUUCCAGCGAAGACAGUUCUGAGGAUGAAAAGCCUGCUCCCAAAGUUGUAGCAACUAAACCGGUUCCACAAAAGGCUACAAAAAAAAGUUCAAGUGAGGAUAGCUCAGACGACGAAACAGAGGUCAAAACGCCAGCCAAACCAGCACAAAAAGCUGUGCCUGCAGUAGUAAAGAAAACCCAACCACAAGCGAAGAAAGAUGAGUCUACCAGCGAGGACAGUUCUGAGGAUGAAAAGCCUGCUCCUAAAGUUGUAGCAACCAAACCGGUUCCACAAAAGGCUGCAAAAAAAAGCUCAUCAAGUGAGGAUAGCUCAGACGACGAAACAGAGGUCAAAACACCAGCCAAACCAGCACAAAAAGCUGUGCCUGCAAAACCCAAAGCUGUAGUUAAGAAAAAGGAUGAUUCAGAUAGUUCAUCUGAGGAAAGCGAAGAAGAUACAAAACCCACGAAGGCUGCACCCCUUAAACCCAAAGCUGUUGCUAAAGCCGCAGAUACCUCAGACUCUGAUUCGGAGAGUGAGGAGGAAAAACCGAAGGUUGCUGCCGCAAAGAAACCCGUAACAAAAGCAGCUGUGGUUGCCAAGAAACAGGAAUCUUCGAGUGAGGAAGACAGUUCUGAAGAAGAAACAAAAAAGCCAGCCAAAAAGGUGGCCCCAGUUAAGAAGGAUUCUAGUUCGGACGAUAGUUCGAGUGAAGAAGAAACGCCAGCAGUCUUGCCUGUAGUUAAGAAGAAUGUAGCGCCUGCUAAAAUAACAAAGGACGAUUCUAGUAGUUCAGAAGACUCAUCAGAGGACGAACCACCACCAGCAAAGAAACCAGCACUGGCCGCCAAGACUCCAGCAAAAAAGAAACAAUCAAGCUCUGAAGAUUCGUCAUCGGACGAUGAACCACCAGCCAAAAAGCAAGCAGUAGGUACUGUGAAAGCUGCUGCUGCUUCUAAGAAAGCUGAAGCCUCAAGUGAUGAUAGCGAUUCGGAUGAUAGCGAAGAUGAAAAGCCGAAGCCCACACCAAAGGUCCUUGCUCCAAAAAAGAAGAAAGAAAGCAGCUCUGACGAUGACGACGAGGAUGAUGAGGAAAAGGUACAACAAAAGCCAAAUCCUAAAGUUGGAGAGAAGAGAAAAUUUGAUCAAUCUGCUGCUGGACAAAAUCAGGCUAACAAGAAAUAUAGCAAUUUUGUAAAGAGUGGCGAAGGCAAGCAGCAAAAUGGCUUUUCAUCUACACCCAAUUUCAAUGGAAAACCAAAAAUAAACGAGCAGAGAAAUUCAGGUGGUGAAGUAAAGAAAAAUACACCAUUUAGGCGCGUGCGUGAGGAGGAGGUAGAAAUAGAUGCACGUGUAAAAGAUAUGUCUUUCGAAGCCAAGGUAAGUGCCUCAAAUAAAGGUUACAACGUGGGUGAAAUGUACGACGAAAUUGUUCUUUUUGUGCUCCGAAAUGAUUGCAAGCAACUGAAAAUGGAAUUCACAAAUUUAUAAAAAUCGGUACAAAUUAAUGUUGAGGCACUUACUUGAUUUCGGGGGAUUUAUGCCUAUGACAUAAAACCUGAAAAUAUCUUUGCUUAUCAUUAAAAUCUUUUAAAUCUCUGCAUUUAUAACAGAAUCUGUUUAUCUGGAGUGUAAUAUCCAAAAAAAACAGAUUCUGUGUCGUUUGAAUUUCUUAUUUUUCAAAAAUAAAAUAAUUUGUGUUUCCUUU